AUGAGGAUAUACGUAAUACUUGCUUUAGCAAAGAUAGCAAUUGCCAAGGAAUGCAAAAAUGAUGAGUGUGAAAAUCGAUGGCCUGGCGCAAUAUGUCGUAAUGGGCGAUGUGCUUGUCCACAGGAUAGCAUCAGAAGAAAAAGUGAUUCCAAUGGUUGGAUAUGUUUAUCACUGAUAGAUGCUAGUACGGGUAUGCUUGGACCACCAUUUACAUGUCCAUUACCAAGUGGUACCGGAUAUCGUUCGAUAUUGUACCGUAAUAACGAGCCGGUAUUUUGUCAAACAUUAGAAGAAAAUAAUUGUCCAGAAGGAUAUGAAUGCAUACAGUCAAUUGGACUUAGCACUGCAGCCGGAAAUGGUGUGUGUUGUCCAAGAAAAGAGACAGCUUGUCUUCAGCCAGUUUGUCAAUCAAAAGAUGGAUGGCUUAUUCGUUGGUAUUUUAAUGGUGAAACAUGUGAAUCAUUUCGAUGGAAUCCGGAAGUUGAAACAAGCGCCAACAAUUUUGUCACUAAACAACAUUGUUUAUCAUAUUGCGCAUUCGUAAACAGUGAAUCCAUCAAUCAAUCAAUCUGA